GUUUGGUGUGGGCAGUCAGCAGCGGCCAGCGUGCGUGCGUGCAUCCCCGGGACACCGCAACAUCCGCCGUAGCUGGGGCUCAAAAACUUCACUCCUCAACACCAAACUUUGGACUAGAAGCCAACAGACAACAUGGGUUGUUUCGAGUGCUGCAUCAAAUGUUUAGGGGGCGUCCCGUACGCGUCUCUCGUGGCGACCAUCUUGUGCUUCUCUGGAGUCGCCCUCUUCUGUGGCUGUGGACACGUGGCCCUCACCGGGACCGUCACCAUCCUGGAAACGCACUUCUCCAAAGUCGCCUCCGACCAUGCCAUGCUCACUGACAUAAUCCAGCUGAUGCAGUACGUCAUCUAUGGAAUUGCCUCCUUCUUCUUCCUGUACGGGAUCAUCCUGCUGGCAGAGGGCUUCUACACCACCAGUGCUGUCAAAGAACUGCACAGCGAGUUCAAGACCACCAUCUGCGGCCGCUGCAUCAGUGGAUUGUUUGUCUUCCUCACAUACAUUCUGGGUGUGGCCUGGCUCGGCGUCUUUGGCUUCUCUGCGGUGCCAGUUUUUCUCUUCUACAAUAUGUGGUACACCUGCAACACCAUGAAGUCCCCUAUGGCAAACCUCACCAGCAUUGAUUCCAUCUGUGUCGAUGUCCGUCAGUAUGGUAUUAUUCCAUGGAAUGCCACACCAGGAAAGGCUUGUGGAUCUACACUAGGAGACAUCUGCAAUUCCAGCGAGUUCUACCUAUCCUAUCACUUGUACAUUGUUGCAUGUGCUGGAGCAGGAGCCACUGUCAUUGCUCUGAUCCACUUCCUCAUGAUUCUCUCUGCAAACUGGGCCUACCUUAAGGACGCCAGUCACAUGCAUGCCUACCAAGACAUCAAACUGAAGGAGGAGCGCGAGCUGCAGGACAUCACGUCACGCUCCAAGGAAUGCCUCAAUUCCUACACAUAAGGAUAUUACACACUGCGGUCACACUUCAGACACACACAAUGAGGCACUAACAGCCAAGUAUGGUGGCCUGUUUGGACCAAUGCUGAAUUAUCUGCCAGCAGCCUGACACUGCACUAAUCAGGCUUCUAACAAACUAAUAUGCUUUUUCUGCACUAACACCCAAAACAUGCAGGUGGAACUGUGAGAUAUUGGCUGGGUUUUUCCAUUUUCAAAUGAAGCUCUAAUUUUGUCAUCUUUACAAAAUCAUUGAUGAAGUUCACAAGCAGUUAUUACAAAUAAUUUUACAAUGUUUGCGUGAUCUGUGGAGGCCAACGUUCAAGUAAAUAAGCCUUAUAGUAAUUUACAUACAAUGGCAACAGGAUCAUUUGUGACUGACGGUGCAGCUGAGGAGACACAGUAUUUGAACGAUUUAAAACUUGUUCCUGUGACCUGAAAACUCCUACCUCAGGUGUGCAGAAGAGCCUAUGAUCAACAUUUACACCAGUUCAAAAAUGUUGGGUACAACACAGAUACACCUCUUCAGUAUAACAAAUUGGGACUGGCUGAUUUAACAUGUAUAUAGAAUUUUAAUUGUUUUGACUUUUUUGACUUGUAAAAAGUACUUUCUCUAGUAUAUGUGACUUAUUCAUCUAAUGAAUUCAUUUAUUUUCUUUGGUACUAUAGACUAUAUAACAUUUAGAGUUAAUCAAGUAUAAUGUUGCUGUUCUUUUAUUGUAAAGUUUUGUUUUCUAAAUAAAUCAUGAUGAAAUGUUUAAAGCCCUUAUGCUGGUAUUUUGUUACUAGGCAGAUGCAAAAAUAGAACCUCUUUCUAGCAUAUUUUUUUCCUUUACAGACUUAACAGCAGUUAUAUACAGUACUGGCUCCAGUAUUUGACUAUGCUUACCGUUUUUUGGUUUUGAUUGUUGUAUCUAAAAACGCUUUUUUACACAAUCUACAUUUAUGAACAUAUUAAUCUUAAUUUUUUGUGAUAGUAUAAUUGACAUUUCAUGAUUCAGUCUCCAUGAUUAUUUUAGCCAAAGUAAAAAUGCCAUUGCCUUUCAUGCUUGGCUACCUACACUAUGUAGCAUAAAUAAACUGUUUUGACCCCUGCUCUGCAUCUUGUUGAAUAAACCAAAGGAAAGGCUGCUGUCCAAUCACUAGGCAGACCCAAUCCUAAGGCAAUUAUGACUGAAUAAAUGUUUGA